AUGGGCUCCGAUUCCCUCCACAGCGAAAGGCACAAUGAGAAGGACCCGAAGCAAGAGGUCGUCAUCGUCAAGACUGCAAUUGGAGAUGAGGCCUACCAACAGGCCCUGAUCAAGGAGCCCCCUCCUAAGAUCGCAGCUCCCAUCCUCAUUCUCGCCAGUAUGGUCGCAUUCUGCUGUUCAACUGCCAACGGUUACGACGGCUCGCUUUUUGGCACUCUUCUCUCCAGCGAUGACUUCUCCAAAUUCUUCGCAGUUGACAAUAAGGGUAUUGGAACGGGUAUCGUCACUUCCAUGUACCAGAUCGGUUCCGUUGUCGCCAUUCCUUGUGUUGGCCCUGCCAUUGAUACUUGGGGUCGCCGUGCCGGUAUGACCAUUGGCGCCUGGAUCAUCAUCAUUGGCGUUAUCAUCCAGAUUGCUUGCAUCAAGACCGCCAGCGUUGACCAGUUCAUGGCUGGUCGCUUCUUCCUCGGUUUCGGUGUCUCCAUUGCUGCCGCUGCAGGACCCACCUACGUUGUCGAAGUCUCUCACCCUGCUCACCGUGGUAUCAUCACCGGCCUUUACAAUGUCAUGUGGCCUGUCGGUGCCCUUGUUGCUAGCAGUGCUUCUCGUGGAGGAUUCCACUACGAGGGAACAAACACCUCUUGGAUGAUCCCUGUUUGCCUUCAGCUCAUGUUCCCCACCGUCAUUGCUUUCGGUGCCAUGUUCCUCCCAGAGUCUCCUCGAUGGCUCUACACCCGCGGAAAGAAGGAACUCGCCACCAAGCACCUUAUCAGACUCCAUGGCCAUGGCAAUCCCGAGAGUGAGUGGGUCAAGCUCCAGCUCAGCGAGUACGAGGAGCAUCUUGAGAUGGACGGUAGUGACAAGCGAUGGUGGGACUACCGUGCUCUAUUCCGCAACAAGGCUUCCAUCUACCGUCUUACUUGCAACUGCCUCGUCUCCCUCUUUGGACAGUGGGCUGGUAACAGCAUCGUGUCGUACUACCUGAGUGCCUUCCUCGAGACUGCCGGUAUCCAAAAGGGCUCAAAGCAAGUCGACGUUGCCAUGGGCAUGAACGCCAUUCAGAUCGUCUUUGCAGCCCUCGGUGCCUCUCUCACUGAUAUUGUAGGCCGUCGCCCUAUGCUUAUCGUUGUCAACCUUGUUUGUGCUCUUUGCUGGGUCGGUGUUACUGUUCCUGCCUCGAUUGCCAACAUCACCGACCUCGACGACAAGUCGCAGGUUGAUGGUGUCACCGCCCCUGUUAGCAGGGCUAUGUUGGCCUGGGUCUACCUUUUCCAGAUCUUCUACUCUAUUGGAUGGACUCCUCUCCAGGCUCUCUACCCCGUUGAGGUUCUUAGCUACGAGAUCCGAGCCAAGGGUAUGGCCUUCAGCUCCCUCUUCACCAACGCUGCUAUGCUUGUCAUGCAAUUUGGUAUCCCUGUUGCUCUCGAGAACAUUGCCUGGAAGACCUACAUCGUCUUUUGUAUCUGGUGUGUCUGCCAGUCUAUUAUCCUCUUCUUCUUGGUCCCUGAGACCAAGAACCGAACUCUUGAGGAACUCGACCACAUCUUCUCAUCUCCCAGCCCUGUCAAGGCAUCCAAGCAGAAGAAGGUCUUUGAGGCUGAUGCCAACGCAAACAUCAUCCACAUUGAGCCUGCGGUUGCUGCCCCCAGCAAGGCUUAA